GUUGUCUUUGUGGUCAACACUUGAGAGGCAGCACGAUGAGCUCCAUAUGGAACGUUGCAAUGUUGAUAAUAGCCUUAGUGGUUGUGAGGAUCAGCCACUGGCUUCACCGAUGGUCAAACCCUAAGUGUAAUGGCAAGUUACCACCGGGAGCUAUGGGUUUUCCAAUCAUUGGAGAGACUGUUGAUUUCUUGAAGCCUUGUGGAUUCAAUGAUAUCCCAACCUUUGUAAAGAAGAGGAUGAUAAGGUAUGGACUGUUGUUUCGGACAAACAUUUUCGGUUCCAAAACCGUGGUUUCGACGGAUCCAGAUGUAAUUAACCAGAUUUUCCGGCAAGAGAACACGUCUUUUGGGCUAGGCUAUCCGGACAUACUUGUGAAAGUAUUUGGAAAAGAUAACUUGUUCUUGAAGGAAGUGUUCAUCCACAAGUACCUCCAAAAAAUCACUAUGCAAAUUAUUGGCUCAGAGGGUUUAAAGCAAACAAUGAUAGGAAACAUGGACAAAGCGACCCGCGGCCAUUUUAGAUCGAAGGCUAGCCAGGGGAGCUUCAAUGUUCGUAAAGAAGUUGAAAACUUGAUAGUGGCGUACAUGACACCAAAGCUGAUAACUCUCAUCAAAGUCCUCAAGUCACGCGGAGAAGCGAUCCAGGUGAUGAAAGACGUUCCCAGUAUGAGAAAAGAGUCGCGAGAGAAGCAAGAAGACUUCCUCAACACGAUGCUAGAAGAACUGGAGAAAGAAGGUAGCAUUUUCGACCAAGGAUCCGCUACAAACCUCAUCUUCCUUCUGGCAUUCGUCGCGAGAGAAGGUACCUCCAGUUGUACUGCUUUGGCCGUGAAAUUCAUAUCCAAAGACCCGAAAGUGCUUGCAGAGCUCAAGCGUGAGCAUAAGGCAAUUGUAGACAACAGAAAAUAUAAGAAAGCUGGAGUUAGCUGGGAAGAAUACACACACAACAUGAUUUUCACAAACAUGGUUAUAAAUGAGUCGCUUCGCCUAUCAAACACGACCCCUUUAUUGUUCCGAAAGGCACUGCACGAUGUUGAGAUCAAAGGAUAUACAAUUCCGGCUAGUUGGAUUGUGGCAGUUGCACCUUCAGCGGUUCAUUAUGAUCCUACAAACUAUGAGAACCCAUUCGAGUUUAAUCCAUGGAGAUGGGAGGGGAAAGAAAUGACUCGGGGGUCUAAAACGUUCAUGGCGUUUGGAAGUGGAGUUAGACUUUGUGUAGGUGCAGAGUUUGCGCGGCUUCAGAUGGCAAUCUUUCUUCAUCAUCUUGUCGCAUAUUACGAUUUCUCAGUGGUCCAAGACUCCGAGAUCACUCGUUCACCAUUCCUUCAAUUCACUAAGGAUCUGCUUAUCAACAUCUCCCAGUCUCCUACCAAGUGAACCAUGCAGUUUCCAAAUCUUAAUAAUCAGAUCAUUAUAUCAAUUCCUGCUUCCGUAAAAUGUCUGGAGUCUUUAUAUAUGCUCUAUGUAAUUUUAAAAAGUACCUCUCUUAUCGAAUGAGUUCAACUUUGUUUAUAUAUGUCUUGAAUCUGAUCACAUGGGGCCUGUUCACAUCUAAAGCUUAUUCUAUGAAACACUCUUUGCGGCUGCUUCUGUAAUGAUGACUUAAAAGUCUCUGCUUGCAAAGUCUUUGAUCACCAGCGUUGUUCAAUGAAAUGAGUAUAAGUUG